AUGACGGCGGUGUUUGAUAUCACGCAUGCGCACUGUCAUACCGGCGACGGCUGUACAAACGGUGGCCUAGCGAAUAACAAGGGGAUUACAGAGCCCAUUUUGACAGGCUUCACAAUGAGUCAGGGUAAGGACAAUGCACGACUUAAGAGCUACAAGAACAAGUCCCUCAACACAGAUGAAAUGAGAAGAAGGAGGGAAGAGGAAGGCCUACAGCUUCGCAAACAGAAGAAGGAUGAACAGCUCUUCAAGAGGAGGAAUGUUGCCACAGUGGAGGAUGAUGGCCUCCCAGAGGACGAUGGGAUGGCUGAUAGCGGCUACCUGGAGUCCCAGGCUAACAACAUGGACCCACUCACAGGUGGGGUGAUCUCUGAAGACAUGACUCAAAUGAUCUUCUCCAGUACUCCUGAACAACAACUAAUAGGCACUCAGCGCUUUAGGAAGCUCCUUUCUAAAGAACCCAACCCACCCAUUGAUGAAGUCAUUGCCACUUCAGGGGUCGUGGAGCGCUUUGUUGAGUUCCUGAAAAGGAGAGAAAACUGCACAUUGCAGUUUGAGGCUGCCUGGGUGUUGACCAACAUUGCAUCAGGCACAUCCCAUCAGACUCGGGUGGUAAUCCAGGCAGGAGCUGUGCCCAUUUUCAUAGAGAUGCUCAGCUCGGAUUUCGAAGACGUACAGGAACAGGCAGUCUGGGCCUUGGGAAACAUAGCAGGAGAUAGCACAGAAUGCAGAGACUUUGUCAUAGACUGCAACAUUCUGCCUUCCCUGGUGCAAUUAUUGGCCAAACAGAAUCGUCUAACCAUGAUGAGGAAUGCAGUGUGGGCGCUGUCAAACUUGUGCAGAGGAAAGAACCCACCUCCAGACUUUACUAAGGUGUCCCCGUGUCUCAGUGUGCUGUCUUGGCUGCUGUUCGUCAAUGACACAGACAUCCUGGCUGAUGCAUGCUGGGCACUCUCUUAUCUAUCUGAUGGCCCCAAUGACAAAAUACAGGCUGUUAUUGACUCAGGAGUCUGUCGCAGGCUGGUGGAGUUACUGAUGCACUCAGAUUAUAAGGUUGUAUCCCCUGCACUGCGAGCUGUUGGGAACAUAGUCACUGGAGAUGAUCUGCAGACACAAGUGAUUUUGAACUGUUCAGUGCUGCAGUCCCUACUUCACCUCCUGAGUAGCCCCAAGGAGUCCAUCAAGAAAGAAGCCUGCUGGACGAUCUCCAACAUCACCGCAGGGAACCGAGCACAAAUACAGAUGGUGAUGGAUGCGGGCCUGCUGCCUCCUCUAAUCACUAUCCUGCAGGUAGCAGAGUUUCGCACAAGGAAGGAGGCAGCCUGGGCAAUUACCAAUGCCACCUCGGGGGGCUCUGCUGAGCAAAUAAGGCACCUUGUGGAUCUAGGGUGUAUAAAACCUUUGUGUGACCUGCUCACACUUAUGGACUCCAAAAUAGUUCAGGUGGCUCUAAAUGGCCUAGAGAACAUCCUGCGACUGGGAGAACUGGAGGCCAAGAGGGGAGGAGGCAUCAACCCUUACUGUGCACUAAUUGAAGAGGCCUAUGGUCUGGACAAAUUAGAGUUCCUACAAGGACACGAGAACCAGGAAAUCUACCAGAAAGCCUUCGACCUGAUCGAGCGCUACUUCAACACUGAAGAUGAGGACCCGUCUCUGGCUCCAGCCGUUGAUCUGCAGCAGCAGCAGUUCCUCUUCCAGCAGUGCGAGGCCCCGAUGGAAGGCUUCCAGCUAUAAUGCUAUAUCCUCCCUCCCCAUGAGCUCCACCUUCAUCCUCACCUCUGCUCAUUUCUCUCACUCUCUGCCCACUGCCACAAUCAAGUGUUACGACAACCCACGGCUCCCCUUCCCAUCGUCGGAGAGAUUGAUUUAAUCAUUAUCAUGAUUAUGGCAAAUGUAACAUUACAGGAGCACAUGUGUGUGCGUAGCGUCAAACGUGGGUCACGUGCUGGAGUCUUGUCAGCCAGUUUGUGACGGUUUCACUCAUCAUUCUGUCUUGCGCUGAGCUCACCUCUGCGUCUGAAACCCACCUACCUGCUCAGGCCCCGGGGUCUCCUACGAGCAGGUUGUCCAUGUAACACCACCCCGUCGUACUUUUUGGAUUUCCUCAGCUCAUCCCAAAUGAAAAGCACUUCUCGGUGUUCCCGUAGGAUUGGCCAGCCUAUCUCUGAUUAGGUGGGAGUUUGUUGGACUGCACUGCUUGUCUGAUUGAAGCAUUAAGGACUCACAAGACAGACAAACAUGGACGUGAUUUAUACCCCCUUUUGACACACACACAGACAGACACACACACACACACACACACACACACACACACACACACACACAGGGAGAAGAAUGAUCGAACCUAAACACUGGACUGACCGUGAGACGCUGAUCACAUGUUUGACUGUGGUCUUUGGACCGAACUGCCCACACUUGGGCCACGUGGCCAGUCCCUACCCAAGGACUCAACUGACCUCUACUAAAGGCACUUAACUAACUCAAAAAUGGAGGUUGAAUUCCCUCAUCUCCUCUCUCCGACCAUUGGAUAAGUUACCACGGAUGGACAAAUUAGGAACUUGACUGUCGCUGAGGGGUGGAGCUUGUCCACCAGGCUGCUUGCGGUCCCUCCUGGAUCUAAUAUCAUGCAUUCCUUUAUCCAGUAAUGAAACUUUCCACCUGCACAGGCUUCACCUAUAAGAGUUUAGACUGCCUCUGGUGUGACGUGAAUAACCCCAUGGAACCAUGGGAAUUGGAGUCUUCCCUCGCACUGAGACAAUUGGACAGACUUGGACGAGACAAAGCAGACUAUUUAACCCUGGAAUCUGACCAGCAGCAGACCAGCAGGAAUUUGUAUUAUCUUACCAUAAUUUCAUUUAAUUUACAGCACUUUAGUUCAGGACGGAUACCUGCUCCUCAAAAAUAUACCAUAGUUUUUGCAUCAACUAUUGAAUUGGUUGAUGACACGGCUUUUCCCUCCUCAGGAAGCGAGGUGUGGUCUGAAUCCUCGACCUCCUUCUGGUAUGAUAAGGAUUACAAUGUACACUGUUUACCCAGAACAGAUUGUGGACUGAAACUGUUAGCACACUAAUUACAAUCAGUAGAUCAUGCUGCCUCAGCAAAGCUAGAAAAACUGUAUUGUAACAAAAAGUCAGACUAUUGGAAAAUUGGCUGUUAAAACAUGAGCAGUCUAAAUGUCUUUCCAACACACAUUCAGGUAGCAUUUUCCAAUUUAAUCUGCCAAAACAUCAACACAUAUAUCCACUAUUGGGUCUGAAGCUGGUCUUUAUUAAAAAACAAUGUUUUCAUUUAGUUGGGGUUAGCAUCUGCCAUGUUGCUGCCAUACACUUUAUUUAAGAGGAAUCCUUCCAGAUAAUUUCAACAAAAAUCCAGAUAAAAAACUUAAAUACUGGUGAUUACCUUAGUUAUAGCAAAACUGAAUGUGUGUUUACCAAGUCCUCUUAACAUUGCUUACUUUUAUCAAAAUCUCUGCAAGAGAUUACCAGCUCUACAUGUUAAUUACUGUGUGUUGUAUUGAGUUUGUGCAACUGUCCCCGUUAUGCCAUUUGCAUAAAAGCUGGUUCCACAGUGUAAGUGAAUUAGUUUUGUUCGUUUGUGUCCAGGAUAAUCAUUUUGGGGAGCAUUUCCUUGACUGCCAUACAGCUGAAGAAAUGUAGUACCUCUGAAAGAUUUAUUUUCAUUCUCAAUUCAUUGUUUUGUCUAUAAAUAGAAAAAAGUAACUAACUUAAAUCUUUGGCUUAAAGGUUGCAGUUUAUAUAACAUUAGGUCAUGUCAUUAAAUCAGAUGAGAUUUUCCAGAAGCAA